CUCAAACUGUCUCUCUUUCACCUAUCGGCGUUGGCAGCAUUGAAGUUGAACAUGAGAACUGAACUCAGCUAGCGAUCCAACUUUCGUUUACAGAGGUAUGUACAUACAUACAUACCUUAUCCAAUGGUGGGGCAGCAAGCAAUUUCAGGCUCAGAGCCGCAGCUCGACUGCAGGAUCUAAAGGCCCAGGGGUAACAAAACAUGGAACAUUGAACCGUGAACAGUCGCAGCGACAAGAACUCUGGCCCUGGCUAGCAACAACGACCAUUUUUCAUUCAACGUACAUAUCUAUGAGUUGAUACCCGCAAGCCGUUCCAUCACGGUUUACACCAUGUCACAUACUCAACAACCUUCGAUCCGCGCAUUCUUCCAGCCGCGGCGCCAGCCUGAGUACGCUGCCCCGCCUUCGGCUGCCCCCCCACCACGAAACAACAAUAUCGCGACAUCGACAACAUCAUCGGCGCAGCCACCUGCCCCGCCACCUCACGCAACCGAAGCAAAGCCCGUCACAAUACCUAUAACUCUGCCGCCAAACGGUGUUCCCGUUCUGCCGUCCCCGCCGUCCCUUCCCUCGGGCGCAAGCAUCGUCCCUCUCGCAGAACAGCACAUCCCCGCGUUACGCCGCAUCAACUCCCUCCUCCUUCCCGUGCCCUACCCAGACUCCUUCUACGCCCGAGCCCUUGACCCCUUUGCCUCGGGCCUGUUCUCGCGCGCAAUCCUCUGGCAAGACUCGGAUGCCGAUACACCAAAACUCGUUGGCGGUCUGAUCUGCCGGCUCGAACCGAACCCCUUUCUCGACGCCCAAGGUCAGCCACUGGCCCAUGCUUCUCUGCCGUCGCACUCCAAAAAGCCAACCAGCUCGCCCUGCAACACGCCAUACCAUGCAAUCUACAUCCAAUCCCUCGCCCUCCUCUCGCCAUACCGCUCGCUCGGCCUGGCCGCCGCAGCACUCGAGCACAUCAUCGCGAGCGCCGCUCUCCUCCCGGCCGCGGGCUCUAGCAUCGACGCCCGGACCAUCUACGCACAUGUCUGGACCGAAAACGAGGAAGGGCUCAAGUGGUACGAAGCGCGGGGCUUUGCACGCGAGGGCCGGGAGCCGGUGAAGGGGUACUACUUCAAGCUGCGGCCGGACACGGCGUGGGUGGUGCGCCGGCAUAUCGGGGACCGAAGCCCAAACCCGCUGCCGCCUAGCCGCGUGCUCGCCAACAGCAGCAGAAAUACAUUCGCGCCAGACACGUUCACGCCCCCGUCAACCCCAAAUCCACAAGCCAUCAUCAGCUCCUCUGGCGUGAGGCCGACCAACGUGCUGGCCGCGGCCGUCAACCUUCCACCGAUAGCAUCCCAAACAUCUUCACCGCCCCAGCGCAGACCCUCCGCAGCACCGUCACCAACGCCCUCGUCAGCCUCAUCCCUCUCCUUCCAGAAGACCCGCCCGGAGACAGAGUGGAACGACCUCCCGGCCGACAUGGUGAGCACAAGUAGGAGCACCAGUCAGUCGCAGCUCCUCUCUCCGCCCGGUGAGAGGAGCGCCGGCCCAGCGUCCAGGGCGAGUUCUCGGAGCAGCUCGACGGCGAGGAAGAAGAAGGAGAGGGCUUAUCCUUCUGCUGCGUUCGGAGGCCAAUGAUGCUUUUGCUGUUGGACAUUCGUUGGGUGCCCAUUCGUGAUGGUCGAAUGUUGACUGGGAUAGAUGAAUUGCAUAGCAUCGAGGUUGGGUUCUUCUUGACUGUCGGGUAUCCUAGACAUUCCGUAUACCUGGACGAUGAAAUAUAAUGAGGCAAUAAUACACUGUCACACAUGAAUGAUCAACCGCA